AUGAGCGCCCUUUCAGACCCCUUUAGGACAUUGUUUAUCUCCCCGUCCGAACUCCAUGAUGCCGUGUCAAACAGCCAGGAAAAACAACGCAUUAUCCCAGUAGCUGCCGGCCGAAGCGCUACACUGGCCUCUUAUGAAUCAAAACACAUCCCGAACUCCAUCUUCUUCAACAUGGACUCCAUCAGCGAUACUAGUUCCAAGUAUCCGGUAAUGAUGCCUACCGCUUCCCAUUUCUCCGACUGCAUGGCCGAUCUUGGUAUUCAAUCAGAAGAUGUCAUUGUUGUUUAUGACACUUACGAAAUUGGAUUAUAUUCCUCGCCGCGUGUCGCGUGGACAUCCCUUCAUUUCGGCUUCAAAAAUGUCCAUGUCCUGAACAACUUCCCUCAAUAUGUUCAACAAGGGUUCCCUGUUUCCAGUGGUCAAUUACGAGGACUAUCACGCUCGCUGUCUCAUUCGAAAACAACUUCUGUCCAUGGAUCGCUGUGCCCAGGAGAAAUCAUUUCCUUCGAGGAGUUGCGCGACGAGAUUCUUGCGCAGCCCAACGAAAGACCUUACCAAAUUCUUGACGCCAGACCUUUCAACCAAUUUUCCGGCCUUGAUAAGGCCGCAUAUGCAUCUUUGCGGCCGGGACAUAUGCCGGAUGCUGUGAGCAUUCCGCUAGCCUCCUUUUUGACGGAGGAGAAAUGUCUACGACAAGUGGACGAGCUUCGGGCUCUUUUUACGAAGGCUGGUGUGGUUGAAAGCAUGCCUGCUGUGCUGACGUGCAACUCUGGCGUCACUGCCUCUGCAUUGGGCUUUGCAUUGCGUGUAUGCGGCUACAGUAUGGACUUGAGGCUUUACGAUGGUAGCUGGAUGGAGUGGGCUGACAGAGUAAACGAAAAUGGCUUGAUAGUUACCAACUAG